UACCACUCUCCGGCCUCCAGGGGAAACCAGUUCGCACUGCGAUUCGCCCUCGGACCCUUUGAAGAACAUCAAAGCUCUCCUAGUUACUGCCUCUUCGAGCCCUUGGCGGCCCUCGCCCACCAAGAACCCGCGACCAUGCAGAUGCCAGACGUUCCCGUUAACGUACCCGUCGACGACCCGAAUGCAGACACAGAAUGGAACGACAUCCUCCGGAAGCAUGGCAUUAUACCCGAGAAGCCACCCUCGCCAACGCCCAUGAUCGAGGAAGCCUUGGAGGAGGCACGCCGAUUAGCGCACGAAAACCGACUGGAGGGCAAGGACCUGGAUGAGCUGGCGGAGCUAGAGGACGAGGAGGACGAAGAGUUUCUCGAACAAUACCGGAAAAAGCGAUUAGAGGAGCUGUCCACAAUCACCUCGGCAUCUGUGUACAACCAGGUGUACCACCUUCAGAAGCCGGACUACUCAAGAGACGUUACUGAGGUUUCGAGCAAGGCCUACGUGCUAGUGCUCCUUACCUCAUCUCAGGGCACCAACGUUGAGACCCGCGUUAUGAUUGAGAUCUGGAGGGAACUGGCUCGGCGCUUUGGGGACAUAAAGUUCUGCCAGAUGCGCGCGGAUCUCUGCAUCGAAGGGUAUCCCGACAAGAACACGCCGACUGUGCUCGUCUACAAGGAUGGUGACAUCAAGAAGCAGCUGGUGACGCUGCGCGAGCUACGCGGGACGCACACAAGUGCAGAAGAUCUCCAGAAGCUCCUCGUGGAUGUAGGUGCAGUGCGAGUAGGCGACCCACGCCUGCAGCGGAAAACCGAAGAAGAGGCUAGCUCGAGCAAGAUAAGGCAAGGGCGGCCUAGUGGGGAUGACGAGGAUAGCGACUGGGACUGAGAAUAGACUCGUUCGUGUCGAUUGGCUCAAUGCCGCACUCAACACCAGCCCAUCGAGUGCCACAGCAAAGCGAUCGGUGUGAGCACAGGGCAUCCGAACGCUAGAGAGUUGCGGCCAUUUCAUGGAGACCCGGUGCGACUGAAGUCUACGUCUGAGGAAGCCCCACAAGAUGGUGCGGUAGCACUAUUAUCGGGCAAGCACACUGAAUUACUGGUAGGGCGCGAGGAGGAUUGAGCGAGGUGGAGUAUAUGCACCACGGCACGCCGUCAGAAACCGUCCCGGUCAUAUGAAUGGACAAUGCAAUUCCAAUCUAGCCCUCGUGCAGCCGAAACAGCAUUUACCC